CUUCUAAAACAGUUUUACAACAGAUUCGCGUAUACGAGGGUGUAUUUUUAGUGGCUUUUAAUGGUGAUAAUUGCAAUUGAAUGUGAAUUGAAUGGAAAUAAAAGUGCAACGAAAUGAAUUCUACUUAAAAUCAUAAAAUCAAAGCUUUUGAGAGGCAACGGAAAAGGCUUAUGAAACUUUCAAAUGCCACAAGAAGAUACGACACAUAUUCGGAGAUAAGAAUAUACAGGCAAAAUUAAAAAAAAAAACAAAACACUUACCAACAAAAGGCAACUUUAAAAUACACUUAAACAAUUAAAAAUAACAACAAACAAGAGAAAAAUAUAACAACACCAUCUCACUGCUUUACUCUGUGACGAGCCGGAAAAAAAACCAACGAAAAAAUGACAUCUCGCAAUACCACCACAACGUCCAGCAGUACCAUACGGACCGACUACGGCAGCACAACGUUGAAAAUAUCCAUCGACAACAAUACCUUGGAUACGGACAGUGCCAGUAUUGAGGAUAACAUUGUGGGCGUAUAUCAAAGUCUGCCCUAUACCUCGACUACGAAUUUAUAUGCCAAAUCUUCAAUGUCGUCUCGAUUUUCUAAAAUGACCGUAGACACCAUGUCCAAAAAUGAGGCUCAACAGAUUGGACAACGCAUUGAAUAUCUGCUAAAUGUCAUCAAUCAAAUUUGCAUUGGCUUCGUGACCAUCUAUAUGAGUUGGAUGUGCUUGCGCAUGGGUUUAGCGGGAACAGCUCUUCAUGCAUGGCUGGUAACAAUUGGGUUUUCCUUUCUUAUGGCCGAAGCCAUAAUGUGCCACUACAAUCACAAUGUGCUGACAUUCAACUAUCGCAGGACUACAAAAACCACUAUGCACUGGAUGCUACAGUCUUUAGGUGGUGCUUGUGGCAUUGCGGGUGUGCUCAUCAAAUGUAUACAAAAAGGUUUUCUAUUGCAAUCGACUCAUGGCAAACUGGGGUUUGCUGCCUUUAUACUUUGCUGCAUCAGCAUGUUGUCUGGACUGGCUGCCUUGUAUUCAGUGCGUGUUAAAAAAUUCCUAAGUCCACUUUUGAACAAAACAUUCCACAAUGUUUUGGGUAUUGCAACAUUUGCAGUGGCUUUGGUGGCCCAUUUUUAUGGCUAUAACACUGGGUUCUUUUCACGCAAAAGUCCCUCCAAUGAUUUUACCAUCCUUAUGAAGGUUUUGACACUAAUGACCCUGUGCUUAUCCUCAUGGGGUCCUUUAAAAUCAUUGCUUCAUAAAAUGCGUAGCAUAAUUAAGACUUUCAGUUAAAAGGAGUAUUCAGUUAAGGGUAUGAAAAAUGCAUGCAUAAAAAUUACCACCAUUGAAUAGUGUGAUUAAAACUAAGACUCAGUAAAUUAUAAAUUUAGUCUAUAGUUCUAGAUAUACCAUAAAGAUAUAAUUCAAAAUGGUUCGAAUUUUU